AUGCGAAAACGACAACAAUUAAUUUUGGUGCCACUUUUAACUGUCUGUGAAAUUGAGUAUGCUGAUGUACGGCGAAAACAAAGUGAUUGUCUUCUAAAAAUCCUUCAGUCAUUUGGUCAGCAGUUAGCUGCUGAUCAGUGGCUGAUUGUGAUUCAAAUUGUGGCAUCACUCGUUAAUGGAAAAUUCAGUUUCGAUGACUCUUUAAUAAAGCUAAGCUAUGAAACUAUUACACUGAUAGUCACGGAUUUCCUUGAAAUUUUGCCUUUUGAUUCGCUACAGGCAUUAGUUGAAGCAGAUGCAAAAUAUGGUGCACAGCAAUGUGAAUUGAAUAUUUCCUUAUCUGCUUUAGGUCAACUGUGGACAAUAUCUGAUUUCAUUCACCGAAGAAGACUUAAAUUAUCUUCCGAUGAAUGUGAAACUGUUUGGCUGGUAUUGUAUAACUGUAUAUCAGAAUUAUGUGUAGAUUCAAGACCUCCAGUGAGGAAAAGCGCUUGUCAAACAUUACUACAAACGAUUGCAGCGCAUGGUCUUGCAUUAAGUCCAUCAACUUGGAAGCAUAUGGUUUGGAAGAUUCUCUUUCCGAUGUUAGAUAAAGUCAGAAUUUUGGCUCGUAAUGCUUCAACCAAACGUAGUGACAGUUGUAUGUUGGGCGCUUCUAAUAUGCUCAUUCAUCACUCAAGAGAUACCGAAUCGAAGCAGUGGGCAGAAACAUCUGUGUUAACGCUUAAUGCAGUCGUUAAAGUUUUUAAUUGUCAGCGAAAGAUUUUGCUUACAAUGGGUAAUUAUUCUCAUUCCUUUUUAUUCUUGUUGAUAAAUGGAUUUUGGCAUUCUUCAGAUGAUUUUUCUGCAGUUUGGUCGAACCUUAUGCAGUACAUUGAAUAUUUAGUUGGUUCGAGCAAUAGUGAAGUAUCACUUGCUGCUACAAAAAGUUUUCAGGUGAUUAUAAUUAUUAUGGAUCUUAAUAAAUCCUCUUGUGCUUCGAAUUUGAUGACAUCGGACGAAUUGCCAUUAUUACCUGAUUCACUUUGGCUAUUAUCUUGGCAGGCUUGUUUUCAAUUUUUGAAAAUCUUUUUCCUGGUGUGGAUUCGUAUAGCGCAAUCUUUAUUACAGUCCCUGUCUGAUGACUUAAAGGUGGAAUCGUCAUCUUCACUGAAAAUGGAUCCUCAAAAAAAAGCGAACGAAGUGAAUAAAGAAAACAUCCCAGGUGCCCAGCAUUUCGCAAUUAUUCUUUUUAUUUUUCCUUAUGUUUUUGAAAAUAUACGAAAAUCUAUUGUUGUUGAAGAUUUGAAAGAAAAGGGUAUUCUUCAUAUUCUAAAAUUUAUUAUCAAUGGUUCAUUAUUCUUUGAGCAGUCACCCUUCAUCCUUCCUAAUACUUUGGAUCUAACUCCUGUACAAGAAGGUGUUCUGAACUGUUGUCGAGUGAUGUAUCAAGAAAUGUUGCAAUCAAAUUCUAAACUGCGAUCUGCAUUACCUGAUCUUAUUCGACUAUUGAUAGAUUUCACGCUUCUUUGUAUUAGAUUACCAAACAGGGAAUGUUUUGCAUAUUUAGAAAAUAAUAUUCAUUUUAAUAUCCAAAAUAUCAUUCCGUUUGCUGAACAAUCACUUCGAACUUUAGUGGAAUUCUAUGCAAAUAUAGCUCAUUACCAGGAAAUUAUAGAAUCUAUUGUUUUAGUCGAUAUUGUUAAGUGCUUAGCCCAACCUAUGCAAAUGAAAUAUCGCUGUGCUUCACAAAAUUCAUGGCGUUAUGCAGCAUCAGCAUUCAUUGCUAUUUCCAGAUUGGGAAUUCCAGUUGCUCGCCAGAAUGGCAACAAAUCGCAAACUCCUUUAAAUGUUGACGAGCGUAAACGCCAUGAAUUCAUUGACUGCCAAUUUAUCGAACUUAUUCGAAUGGAGAUUCUACCUUAUGUAAAUAUAUUACCGUUUGAAUUCGUCCAACAAAUAAUUGAUUUAUUAAAUCGUGGUUCAAUAAGUUCAGCUGAUUCGUAUGAUGUGUUAGCUUUAGACAAUUAUGUGCAACGUGUGGACCUUUCUAGAAUAUGUUUCGAUGCAUUAUUAUCGUUAAGUCGCUGUGAAGAGCCUGAUAUCAUAAGUAAUGUUAACCCAUCGUUUAAAACAGAAGUGUUGUUAGACGAAAAAGACUCGGUAAAACGGAAUUUGCAAAGCUCGUUCAAUACUAUUGUUCACAAAUCGUCGCCAUCGCAUUUAGGAAGUUCUGCAAUUAAUUCUUUAUUGACUCGUUGCAAACAGGUUUUAAUUUCAUUUAUUAGAGAUGAACAAAGUGCAGGACAUAUGCGUUUGCCCCAAGAACGGUUGAUAGAGAUGGUUUCGGUUUUAAAUGCAAUCAGUACUCUCAUUGAUACCAUCAAUAAACGAUCUAAUAUAAUGGAUUCAGAAUUUUUCACGCAGCUUAUCAAUCUUUACCCCAUUCUCGCAGAUUGUAUCCGUAGUUCCAGAACUGAUCUACAAGUUGAACAGGCAUUGGUAACUGCAUUAAAAAGUUACCAGAAACUACUUUUGCUUCAAAUAAAGCACUAA